AUGUCCCAUGCACCCAAUCCUAAGGCCCCCGAUGUCGAUAUGGACGUUCACACGACCCUUCACCUUAUUCAGGAGCAAAUGCUGCAACAACAGGCCUUUAUGCAGCAAAAGCAGGUCCUUUUACAGCAGCAAAACAGGAUCCAACAACUGGAAGCCGAAUCCAUUGAGCAGGACGGCAGACUGAACCACAACGUUUUCAACUGGAACGACUAUCACUACACCGAGGUCCACGACGCUUCCAGAAUCAGUCGGAUGCGAGAGAACCUUUACUUUGAUGAUCUCGGUGUCAAGCAUGGCAACGACAAGGAAGAAUCAUCCGGAAAGCCGCAACCCAAGGACAAGUCGGGAUACCGAUCCGACAACGGCAAGUCGGGUUACAAGUCGGACGGAGGCAAGUCUGGUGGCAAGCCUCGGUACAAGUCUGGUGGCGGUCAAGACAGGAAGCAACCAGACCAGGGAAACGACGGAGAGAAGUCGGAUUAG